AUGAAUAAACUACUCGUUUCGGUUUUGGUGUUGGCGUUGUUGUUUGAGAACGUGGUGGAAGGUAAGACCUGUGGCCCCUUGACGACCGCGGCCGGGGCAACACAGACGGCCCCUCCAGCUAGUGCGGCGUCAACGACUAAAGGCCAAACGGCAGCUAGUGGCAGCCCUGCGACAACAGCCAGUGCAGCACCAACAAAGGCCAGUGCAGCACCAUCUACAGCCAGUGCAGCGCCAUCUAAAGCCAGUGCAGCACCAUCUACAGCCAGUGCAGCACCAUCUACAGCCAGUGCAGCACCAUCUAAAGCUAGUGCAGCACCAUCCACAGCCAGCUCAACAGCAUCAAGCACCACUCCAACGACAACAACCAAAGCCAGCUCAACGGCCGCAGCCACUACCCAGGCCAGUGGAAACAGCGCCGACUACAGCUAUAGCUACAUUUCUGGCGGAACUUCAGGCACCGGAGUAACUACUCGUUACUGGGAUUGCUGCAAGUCUUCUUGCGCUUGGCCUGGCAAAGCUACCUUGAAGUCUGGACCCAUUCAGACCUGUGAUGUUCACGAUCAACCUCUGAACGACGGUGGAAACACCCAAUCCGGCUGUAACGGAGGUUCCGCGUACAGUUGCUCGACUGAACAACCCUAUGCAGUCAAUGACACUCUUUCAUUUGGAUUUGCGGCAGUUAAGCUAGCUGGAGGAAGUGAAAGCACCUGGUGCUGCGCCUGCUACGAGCUUACGUUUACUAGUGGUUCUGUUGCUGGAAAGAAGUUCGUCAUUCAGGCAACCAACACCGGCGGAGACUUGGGAGAUAACCACUUUGAUUUGGCUGUAAGUUAACAUAGAUUUUUGAGCAAAAAAACUCUCCGAAUCCUUUCUCAAACGAUAGUCAACCUUUUUGAUUCCUAAAACUCGAUACGCCAACAAAAUAUCCCAAAUAGUCUAAUCCCCGAAUUUCUUUAGAUUCCUGGUGGUGGCGUUGGAAUCUUCAACGGUUGCACAGCCCAAUGGGGAGCCCCAUCGUCCGGCUGGGGAUCUCAAUAUGGUGGAGUCAGCUCUCGGUCUGACUGUAGCCAGCUUCCCGCUACCUUGCAACCAGGUUGCGAUUGGAGAUUCGAUUGGUUCGGAAACUCCGACAACCCAGGAGUCACUUUCAAGCAGGUCACUUGCCCCAAAACCAUCACCGAUAAGAGCAAAUGCAUCCGUGCGGACGACUAA